AGAGUAGCAGAUUGGGAAACUCAUAUAGUGGGCGAGAGCAGGCGAGAAGAGAGAAAAAAAGAGAGAGAGAUUGUUUGAGAGAGAGAGAGAGAGAGAGACAGAGAAAGGGAGAGGACAGGCACGUCAUUUCCGAGAUCGAGCUUUUUUGUGCGUGAAGACAGAGAAAACGCAGAGCCAGAAGUGCUUCCUAAAACUAAAACCAUUAAAAGUAAGGAGGAGUGAGAGAGGAGAGAUCUGGAGACCUGUUUUCCUUUCGUUCUCACUUCUCAUUGUUUCGGCGAGCACUCCAGCUAGAGUAGUAAGAUAGAAGUUGAACGAAAAUGGAGAGAACUACUCCUGUGAGGAAGCCUCACACAUCUACAGCGGAUCUGCUCACAUGGUCCGAAAAUCCUCCCGCCGACUCCUCUGCUUCAAAUUCUGCAACUUCCGGUUCGCGACCGACAAUCCGUACUCACCAACCGUCCGACGGGAUUAGUAAAGUUCUCUUCGGAGGUCAGGUUACUGAUGAAGAAGUCGAUAGCUUGUUGAAAAGGAAACCAUGUUCUGGGUCUAAGUGGAGGGAGAUGACUGGUAGUGGUAUAUUUGCAGCUGAUAGUGAGAAUGAUGCAGCAGAAUCUGGUAGUGCUAAUCCGGCUUCUAACAAUAAAACAGGAUUACGGAUUUACCAGCAAGCACUGAGUGGGAUCAGCCAGAUCUCAUUUAGUGCUGAAGAGAGUGUUUCUCCCAAGAAGCCAACUUCAAUUCCUGAGGUGGCAAAGCAGCGAGAGCUAAGUGGGACACUUGAAACUGAGUCUGAGGCAACGAUAAGGAAGCAGCUAUCAGAUGCAAAGUGCAAGGAGCUUAGUGGGCAUGAUAUAUUUGGCCCCCCUCCUGAAAAUCCACCUCGACCAUUGGCUGCACGCUCCUUGGAGAAAGAAGGCAAAGACAUGGGAGAACCCGUGCCACGUAAUGUACGCACAUCCGUCAAAGUGUCUAACCCUGCUGGAGGUCAGAGUAAUUUCAUGUUUAGCGAGGAGCCGGUGGUGAAGACAGCAAAGAAGAUACAUAACCAGAAAUUUGCUGAGCUCUCCGGCAAUGACAUCUUCAAAGGGGAUGCACCUCCCGGUUCGGCUGAGAAGUCGCUUAGUGAGGCGAAGCUGCGAGAGAUGAGUGGGAGCGACAUCUUCGCUGAUGGGAAGGCAUCUUCCAGAGACUACCUAGGUGGUGUCCGCAAGCCUCCAGGUGGUGAGAGCAGCAUUGCCUUGGUUUGACUGUCGUGUCUAACUUCUCCAUUUUUACAUUAUUUCUUGGUGUUUUGGUUUUCUGUUAAUUCUUAGUGGAAUGAUAUCUUGUAUUUAUGAACUUUGAAGGGCCUCGUUCUACAUGCUUUGAUUGUGGGUGGGUUCUUGCCGAGUUGGGGGUGUGUCGUGUUCGUGUGUGAUAUAUUAAACUUCUUAGGCUUUUAACAUCCAAACCGGAAGAAUGGAUUCUUAUCUAAUUGGUUUCUCUUUCUUCACAA